CCGCGCGCGGCACGGCGGCGGAACGGCGCGGCCGCGGCCGGUGUUGCGGGCGGAGCGCGGGGAGGUGGCACCGCGGCUGCGAGAGCAUGGCCGCGCCCUGGGCCGCCCGCGGGCUGCGGGCCGCCAGACGGUACAUCUCCACACCAGCCUGCUCUCAGCUGACACCUGAUGAGGUGGUUCGGAUGCGUAAUGAGCUCUUCACCAAAGAGAAGGAGAGACAAUUGUCUCUUCACCCACGGAUUGAGAAAAUUGAAGUGAAAUACACCGGGAAGCAGCACCCUGGCAGUGUGUUUGUCAUGAACAAGGCUCUGUCUACGCCGUAUAACUGUGCCAUGCAUUUAAGUGAAUGGCAUUGCAAGAACUCUGUUCUGGCUUUUGUGGAUGGUGAAAUCUGGGACAUGUACAGACCCCUGACCAAAUCAUGUGAAAUUCAGUUCCUUACCUUCAAAGAUGAAGAUCCAGAGGAAGUAAACAAGGCGUACUGGCGUUCCUGUGCCAUGAUCAUGGCGUGUGUGCUAAAGCGAGCGUUCAAGGAUGAGUACUCUGUCAACCUCGUUAAAGCUCCAGAAGUGCCAGUGAUCUCUGGAGCUUUCUGUUACGAUGUGGUUUUGGACAGUAAACUGAAUGACUGGAAACCAACAAACGACAACUUCCGUUCUCUUACAAGGGAUGCCAAAAAGCUGAUCCAUCAAGACCUGCCCUUUGAAACACUGCAUGUUGAAGCAAAAGUAGCACGUGAAAUGUUUCAGCAUAAUAAAUACAAAAUGGAGAUGAUAGAAAGAAGAGCUGCUCAGAAUAUGGAAGGAAUUGUACCAUUACAUAGGUUUGGUGACUUCGUAGAUGUUAGUGAAGGUCCUCAUAUUCCAAGGACAAGUUUCUGUUUCCAGUAUGAGAUAACAGCAGCCCAUAAUCUUCAGACUGACCAGUCUGAAUUGAUAAGGAGAUUCCAGGGUGUGUCCUUGCCAGUCCAUUUGAGGGCUCACCACACCGUGUGGCACAAACUGGUGGAAAGAUCGAAGAGGCUGGUAACUGAAGAAGAUUAUUUGGAAACAGCAGAACAAUGUCUUGAGGCAAAAGAUGGAACUGAAGAAGCAAAACCUGUAUCAGUUUAAAUUAAGUUGAACCUCUAAAUGUACAUAAUAAAAUGUGUCUUUUUACAU